UUUUAAAUUCCAUCAAAUGGCGGAUUUGUGAAAUGUGAAAUUGUGAAACGCCAAUUACCAAUUUCAAUUUUAUUCAAAGUUACUGAGAUAAAUUUAUAAAUAUUUUAUUUGGUAAUAUAUUGUCAAUACUCGGUGUUUGUUAAAAAGUAAAGUUAAUUAUAAUGUCUCGUUCGGUGCGCGCGGAAACUAGAAACCGUGUAAAAGAUGAUAUUAAAAGAGUCAUGCAAGCUGUUGAAAAAGUUCGCCAUUGGGAGAAGAAAUGGGUGACUAUAGGAGAGACCACCAUGAAAAUAUACAAAUGGGUGCCUAUAUCAACGAACGAACAGAAGAAAAAGCAUGCUGCGAAAAGGGAAAACAAGGAGAAUACAUUGACGCCUAAGAAGACGCAUGAUUCCUCAAAUUCUAACUUUGGCAUGGCUGAAGACUCAAACACAUGCUUCUCAACAGUAAGCGACUCCCAGGGCCCCACAGACUUCACAUCCACGCACAUGAACUUCUCAGAGGACUCCAACUCACAGAGCAGCGGCACAACCACACCAGCAAAGAGGUUAAAAACAGAUUGAGAUCAUUAAUUUAUAGCCUUGGUUUGUCUAUGGUUUAAUGUGGCUUCUCAUGGUCUGUCAUAAAGCAGGUUGCACUUACAAUAUUUAUUUACGAGCAUAUGUCAGUGACUGUUUGUGUGAUAUUCUGUUUUUAGCUAAAUCCUGCAGGAACCAUAGAUUUUUUGGGAUAAAAUGUAGCUUAUGUUCCGCUCAAGGUCCAAUUUAUCUCUACACCAAAUUUCAUCCAAAUUGAUUUCUUCAGUGGGUUACCUGUGAAAAGGUAACAGACAGACAGACAUACUUUCUAUGUUAUUAGUAUGAAUUAGCUGAGUUUAACAGGUUUAAAUGAUGUUGAUGUUAUUUGAGGGUAAAUAAAGACAACUUAAUUGCUUGAACAUAAUUAUUAAUAAUUACUAUAGUACAAAAUAUUGCUUGUAAGAGAGAAAUGUGUUAAGGUGCUGGAGAUAUUCAUUGUCAAAGUUAGAAAGAGAGCACAUUUUUGGGGUGGCCAUUAAAAAAAAGUCCUGCAAUCCCAUUGCAAUCAGUGAGAUUUUUUUAAUUGCAGCCAUUGAUUGAUAUGGUAUAUUUCUUUCAUCAUGAGAUAAAUGUUGCUUUGCGUAAUGCUAGCAUAAAUAAGAUUUUCUGAAAUAAAAUUUGCUGUCAAUGAUUUGGAUGGUUUUUGGGGUAUAAUAAAUGCAUAUUUUUAGAGAAUUCCUUGAACAGAGUGUUUUUAUUUAAAAAGAAAAAAUAUUUUGGUGAGUGUGACGUCACACUGUGAGAAGCUACAAUCAUUACAGAUUAUAAUGCAGACUUAUUUUCAAGUUUAAGUUGAAGACAAACAUACUUGCAGUGGAUGUGAAGUGAUACGUGUAGUUAAGUUGAUUCAUGUGGUGUGUGUUCGUAUAUUAUGUGAAUUAUUUUCGCCUGGCAACUCAGCACAAUCACACUGUGUGUAGUCUAUGAAACAAAAGAUGAUUUUGUACUGUCAUGUUAAAAUUAAAAAUUUUUAAAACUCACAACAGUCAUGAAUUUUGCUAGAGUUACAGUAACAGUAACUUUUGUAUGUGAGAAAUUAUUCAAAGUAUAUAAAAAUGUAAACAAGAAGCUUUCAACAACUUUCGUGGUCACAAAUCAGCAUAAUAUUAAUUACAAGGAAACCAAGAUGAGGAUUGACUUGUUUUUGGACGAUCUACUAAGUAUAGCUUGGCUAAUUCGUUCAUACACUCCCAAUAGUCCGCGCGUGCCGGGAGGGGAGUAGCGAUGCCCCGCGCGCACAACUUCAUACCCGCACAGUCCUUCUCUCUGCCCCGCGCGCUCGAUUUCACGCCCGCGCAGUCCUUCCCCCCGUCGUCCGCAUAUCAUGGAAGUAUCAUCAACGAGCUUGCCAAGCUCCCCAUUUGAUCCCCACUUUUACUCCCCAUAUUAUGUAAGUGGCUGAACUAAUUUGGACUAAAAAAUUGCUUCCAAAUCACUUUGUUGUUUGUAAGCUAUGAUGCAACAGACAGACAUGCAGUCAAACAUCUUUUUGCAUCAGGACUGAAAAUAACAUCAUCUAUUCAUAGACAACACACAUAAACAAUUGGUGAAUAAGUGAAAGUGUCACGUUAAAAUAAUAGAUAUUACAAUGAGAUUAAAUAUUACUUAUUUAUGUGUUAGAGCCCUUUCAAACUGUUAUGCAAUAUGCUUUCCGAUGGUGUCUGCGAUGCACAUACAACAAAGAUUUAUGCAGACACCAAUUGGACACCUAGUAUGAAGGGACUCCUACUGUAGUUUGCUUAUAACAAGUAAUUUUAAAGUGGACCACACAUUUGUUCAAACCGCACAUCUCAUAAUAACUCCAUAUUUGCAGAUGAUUGGUUCUGUUAAUAAUUCUGCAAAUACAGAAAAGUAAUCUGUAUUGGAUUAUCGAUAGAACAGAAUUAUAUAUGCUCAAGUCAAGCUUCACUUUGACUUAUAUGUGUCACCGUAAAAUUGUAAAUACUGUUGAAUUAUAAUCUAUCUCGCGAGAUUGUGUAUAGUUGAAAGAUUGUGAAAUGGAAUUCAUACUCCUAAGAACCGGAACUUGAGUGACUCAGAAACCACUGGUUAGUUUAUGUUACAUGGUAUUACAUUACCUAAUAACAACACGUUGAAUUGUAAAAAGUAUUGAUGUUUACAAUCUUUUGAUGGUUCAUAUCGGUAUAGAUUAUAAUCUAACGGUAUUUACAAUUUUAAGGUGACAUGUGCACUUAUCUUCCCUACCCUACUCUCCCCUACUGUAUAUUUCAAUUAUUUCAAUGUAGAUAUUUGAUCAAAAUUGAUAAAGUAGUUUAUGAGUUCAUCACAGACAAACAAUGUCACACAUAAUUUAUAUAUAUUACGAUGUAAGCAAUAUGUAGGUGUGGACAAAUGAGUGUUCAUCUUUAUAGUUAUAAGUUCAGUCACUAUCGUAUAAUGAACAGAUACUUCUGUAAAUAAUAAGUAUUAAGUUGCUACUUAUAUGAGAUAUUUUUUAAUUACUGUAAUUAGUUUUUGAUGUGCAGAGUAAGAGAUAAGAUUAUUCUUAAUUUAAUUAAAUUUUAAUAUUUUAUUAGGGUUCCUUAUCUGAAAAAGAAAGGGUACCUUGUAAUUCUCUCUUAUCAUCAAUUUUUUACUGUUGAUCUGUCAAGACCUGUUUUCAAUUGGAUUAGAUCAGCUGGCCUAUUCACUAUUUUGAUAUUAAUCAACCUAUUAAAAUAAACAUCAAAUCAAUUGAGAAAUGUCGUCUACCUAUUGUAUGAUAUCCACCAGUAGGCAUCAGAUGACAUUUGUUAUAUAGAAUCUCAAUUUUGUAUAUGUCAACGAAAUCAAAGAUAGUGUAUUAGCCUGCUGGUUUCUAUAAAUUCUGGCGAUAGUUUUUUUAAACAUGACCAAAAUGCUACUUGUUACUCAAACUAAGUAAAUAAAACCUGUGCUAGGAGAGACUAUUUAUGGGCCACGAAUGUCUAUUGACUCUUCAAAAAGGCUAGUUGACACUUUUUUUAAUGGCGUUAAAUUGAUCAUUAUCGUUCUAAUAGAUUGAAAGACAUGAUUACAUGAAAAUUUUAUUUUUAAAUAUUUAUUUGACAAUAUGAGCCAAAAAUCUGUCGGCCAUGAUGGUCUAUAUUUCAACUGUUUCACAACUUCACGUUACCCUUAACCCUUUAACCCUUACCAAACGGAGCGUCUGACAAAAAUUAUUAAUAAUCAUUUAAUAUGUUUGAUGUUUAGUACGUCAUGUAACAUGUCACAAAAUUUCGUACAUUUGGAAAAUUUGAGAAAGUAAAUGAUUUUUAAAUUAAGUUUUAUAAGAAAUCCUUAACUUUUAUUAAUUGAUAUCAGUAUAUUUCGGACCCCUGUUCCAUAUAUGAAAUUAAUAUUGUUUAUAUUGAAUUUUAUACCAAGUCAACCACCCUAUUAUGUACCCCGCCCGAUGACACUUUAAACGAGCAGUGUUCAGUAACUUUGAUUCUUCUGUGAUCUUCUUGAUCUCCUCAUAUCUGAUUCGAUCAUGCAGAGAUAUUCUGAGUAUAGCUCGCUCCAUUGCUUACUGAGUAACUCUUAAAUGACUCUCCACAGAGUAUAUGCGGCAAUAACUAUAGACAAGUGACGUCACGAAGGUGCUAAAGGUUUUGCACCUUCAUCUGUGUCAUUGAUUCAUCAUCUAUGAAUCAGAUUACUAGUUUGAUUAAAUACACUUUUUUUAAAAUGUUGUUAUUAUCGUUCUACUAGAUUGAAAAAAAAAUAUCAUAUUUUAUUGAUUACAUGAAAAUUUUAAUUAUUAAAUGUUUUUUUGACAAUACAAGCCAAAAUGGUCUAUAUUUUAACUGUUUUAUGACGUCCCGUUAACUAAUCCUUUACUAAACAGAGCGUUUGACAGUAUUAGUUAACAAUUACUUUGAUGUUUAGUACAAGUAACAUUGUGACGUGUUCGGAAAAUUUUAGAAAUACAUGAUUUUUAAAUUGAGUUUUUCAAGAAAUCCUUAACUUUUAUUAAUUAAUAUCGAUCGAUAUAGUACAUGGAAUACGGGUCCGAACCUUAUUCCAUGUACUAUACAAAAUUAAUGUUGUUUAUAUUAAAUUUGGUAACAACUACCCUAUUGUACUUUCCUUAUGCAUGACAUCAUGUAAUGGCAACUCACGUUAGGGUUGCUAACCGUAUUAUAAUACAUAGUAUUGUACUAUAUUUUGGGUCUGCAUACUACAUACUGUUAAAAAAAUAUAUAGUACGCAAAAUUACUAUAUUUUUUUUUACUUUAAUUUUCGACAGAACCAAUAGUGUGUAGCGUAUGUUAUUGCUGGUUUUCAGUAAUUUUAAAAUUAAAAGUGAAAAACUAUGUUGCACUCUUGUUUAGACAAGAAAUGUUAAUAAAUAUAGUUUUUAUAAAAAGAAAUAGGCAAAAAUAUAACUGUUUUGUCUGUUAUUUGCUUAUUCCAUAAAAAUACUAUAUUUUAUUUAAGUGUACUAUAAAUAUUUUUAACUUAAAUCGGAAAUAUAGUAUAUUUUUCUGAAAAAAUAUUGGCAGCCCUAACUCACAGUCGCGCCUUUUUCUGUCCUAGCGCUCUCAAGCGACGACUAGUGAUACUAAGACGAAAUUUGAACUAUGCAUGAAAGCAUUGUACUGUUUAAAGCGGGUUUCUGUUAUAAUUUAAUUACUUACUUACCCGUUUUAUGAAAUGCAUUAACAGUAAUAAUAUAAUUUGUAAUUUUUGUAUAAUAUUUCUCUAAUUUUUAUAAAACAUCUCUGUAUUAUAGUCAAGCCGGUAAUGCUGGAUACAAACACUCAGUGUCUAUUGGUAGAAAUAAAACUGGCUAUUUUUAAAGUACAAUAUAAUAUUAUAUUAAAAUAAAAAUAUAACUUAUUAUCAAAAAUAAAUGUCAUUAAAUUAA